GUGUUGACGCGUCUCCAUCUCAAACUGGUCGGGCGGGGUGUGGCUUUCCUUCUCCCGUCACACAUCCCAGAUCCACCUUUGUCUCCUCGAGUCCUCGUUGCUUUCACCCCCACUCACUCCCCAUUCCUACCGUCCCGAAGCCUCUCCUCGUCGCCAGCGCCGCCGCCGCCGAACCCCCAUCGCACCGGCCCGCCACCUCGGGAAAGCAGGAACUCCCCUUUGGCGUCCCCCUCUCCUCCCUUGGGUUUGCGGAGAGUGAGAGAUCCAUCCCGUCCGGCCGCCAGUUCCCUUUCGCUGUAGCAGUAAAUUUCCUGCAGAAUUUCCGGGGGUUCUAUUGGAGUUUCGAGGAUGAUGAGCUAAAGGACGCAUCUCCUGCAAACUGCCGCACUUGGAGUUUUUGUUAAACUGGUGAACAGGCCACUCUAGAGGUGAUAGCUCAAGAUGGAUGCCGUGACCGAGGUUGCCGAUGCUAUGGGUGCAUUGGGCGUUGACAAUGAGGCAAGCGGGAAGUUGCCGUCUAAUGACUGCAUAGAGAAGCAAGGAGAAGAACAUGAUGCUCAGCCCGAUGUGGCGCAUUCGGGUGAGAGCGAGGUGAUCAAUCCAUCUGAAGAGGUGGGUGGGGAAGCCACCUCGCACUCGGAGGACAUAAAGCCCCGUGUAUCAAAGGGAAGCCAAAGCCGUUCUCCUAAGGUUACUAAAUCACAGCGCCAGAGCCCAAGGAGCGGAGAUAAGAGUCAAGCUAGGAAAAGCACUCCCGAUUCUCUUUAUGCGAACGCACCCAUUGCACGAGUGUCUGAUCCAGAUUUAAUUGAUACGUCUUCAAGCAAUGGUGAUGCUGAUGCUAAGAAAAAGGCAGAAAAGAGCAAUUUUCGCCCCAUUGCCAAGGAGACUUCAUCACUUGAGGAUUCAAAGGAGAAGAGGAAAACUCAAAAAGCAUCGAACCAAUGUUUGGUCAAAAACGAUGAAGAAUCUACUUGUGAAAGAAUAAAACCUCAGAGGGUUGGCAGCACUCCUUCAUAUGGGUUUGCCUUCAAAUGCAAUGAGAGAGCUGAAAAAAGAAGGGAGUUCUACUCAAAGCUGGAGGAGAAGAUCCAUGCACAGGAAAUGGAGAAAACCAACUUGGAGGCAAAAUCAAAGGAAACAGAAGAAGCUGAACUCAGACAGCUAAGGAAGAGUUUAAAUUUCAAGGCAGCACCGAUGCCCAGUUUUUAUAAGGAACCACCACCUCCCAAGGUUGAUUUGAAGAAGAUCCCUACCACCAGAGCUAGAUCACCAAAGCUUGGCCGUUCAAAGAACACAAUAUCAGCAGGCACGGAAGUAAGUACUACUUCAAGCCGUCCAGCUCGUCUGAGCCUAGACCAAAAGACCUCCCAGAAUAGUGCGAGGACAGCACCUGCUGCAAAUGCAGCGAAGAAGCCGCAACGGAAAUCUCUCCCCAAAUUGCCGUCGGAGCAAACAGGUUCUGUUGACAUUGCAGCGUCUAUUUCUUCUGCAGAGCAGCUAGAAAUUAGCAAGUCAACGGCAGAUCCCAUUCGGAAGCCAAUCCGUGCUCAAGUUACUCCUGAUGAACAUCCCCAAAGUGGGUAGAAAGCCAUCAGAGUCGAGCCCAGUGGAAUGAAAGUUGCCUCAGCUUCCAGUAUUUUUCAUAUUUGCUAUUUCAAUAGUAAACUGCUGGCUGGUAUUGCGCACUUAAAUUAGUCUAAUCACCAGGAGUUUGAAGCAUGGCAAGUGCAAAUGUAUUGUUUAUGUACUCAAUUUUCGUUCAGACGAUACAAGGAGUGAGCACGUUAUUUGUAGUUGGCAACAAUUGCAUAUGGCAAUCUCGUAUUUUCAGGGCUAGAGACUCUUUCUUUCUUCACAUGAAUUCCCUUGUUCUUCUUUACUGCAUAUUACUGUGUAUUUCUCGGCGGAUUCUCUGAACUUUGGAUUUCUGUUCCACAUGGAAGAUGGAUCUGCUUUUGCUGAA